AUGGUCCAGUACGAUCAAUUCAAUGGAAUGUUUCCUCUCACCUCUCUUCCAUCUCGCGGAAGGGCGGACGGUUCUGAGAGUCCUCAAUCACCGAGCCAGCCAAUCCACCCAAGACUGAGGAGACUGUCCUCGGCCAGCUCGGCCGGGACGCACUAUUGCGCGCGAUGCCACCUGAGACGCACGUCUCAAGAACGCCGCUUUUCUCUCGAGCACGACUGCUCCUCGAGCGAGGAGGAAUGGGACGGGUUUUGUCCCGACAUCGCCAUGCCCAAGGAGAUGACGCCACCACCCUCGUCGUCACCACACCACCACAAAAGACGACAUUCGUGUCUCUGCCCGGUCGGCGUCGUCGCUCAGGAACAUCACACAAAUGGCUCCGUGUCUCCAGUGCAGAUGACUGUCAAGGAGGGCGGCUCCCGAUGCGCCCAUUACGGGCACCACAGCAACAACUGCAACUGCCAGAGUGUGCUUCCCGUGGAGAACUUGGAUGCAAGAUACGGUCUCGUGGAAGAGCCCGCUCAGACGCGGCGGAAGUUGAGUCUGGAGCAGGGCGCCGCUACUCGCCUGGCGGAUAUCAUGCACGCCGAACUAGUCUCCGACAUGGAGGCACGGAACAGCCAUCUCUGA